CACUGGAGAUGAGCUAUUUGCUUGGCAUCGCUGGCGGCUGCUUGGCCGCGAUACUGAUUUUAAUCUGCCUCUGUAUUUAUGCAGUGCGCAGCAAGAAAUGCUGCUUCAAGGGUAGUUCCGGCUAUAAAUCAUCAGAUAAAGACAGUGAAAAAGCGGAUUUGAAAUCACGUUCGGACAGUACUAGUGGGCCACAGGGUGAUUCCAUUUAUACCACGCCAGCUGGCUUUCAUCAUCAUCAGCAGCAACAACAACAACAACAGCAGCAACAUCACCACCACCAACAACAACAACAACAACAAGGCCAACAACAGCAACCGCAUCAUCAUUUGCAAUCCGCACACGGAUCACCGGAAGCAAUGAAGGUACGCAUGGCUGCAAUGAUAUUACAGCCGCCAACUAGGGUCUAGC